UCACCAACUGAUCAAAUCCUUGAUUGAGAUAAACUAUCCAAACUACUCUCUCACUUUCUUUCUCCUUCACACAUUUUCUCUCUCUAACUUUUUCCCUCCUCUUCAGCCAAACGCACCACAACCUCUAAAACAUUUACUUUCACUCUGUAAAGCCACGUGUCCAGUCUAUACCCACUUACUGAAAAAUAUACAGAAACAUACUGUUACAAAAACUCUCCUCAAGUAUCUCAUCUUCCUCUGCUCUGUUCUUCAGAACCUUCAAAAUCUUUCCCUUCCAAAAUUCUAGAAGGAGAAAAGAAUAAGCAAAAAUAAUCAAACCCAUCUCAAUUUAACUAUCAAUUAACAAUACCCAUCAAUUAAAUCUUGUAUUUUCCCUCAAAAAUCACAUUUUUUCCCUCCGCUUCAUCAAUGGCUUCUAUUGUAUCUUCUGCAUUUACCUUACCAGCAGCAAAAACUGACCUUUCAUCAAUCUCACAAAAAAGAUACAUUCUUCACUCUUUUCUCCCUAAAAAAACAACCCAAUUCAACUCAAGAUCAGCUAAAAAUGGUCAAAUCAAAUGUGUUGUAGCUGGAAAUGGGCUUUUUACUCAAACUUCACCAGAAGUUCGAAGAAUUGUCCCAGAGAGAAACCUUAACCUUCCUACUGUAAAAAUUGUUUAUGUAGUCUUAGAAGCUCAAUACCAAUCAUCCCUUUCAGCUGCGAUUCAAACCCUCAACAAAACUUCUGAAUUUGCUAACUUUGAGGUUGUGGGUUACUUAGUUGAAGAGCUUAGAGACGAGAAAACUUACCAAGGAUUCUGCAAAGAUCUUGAAGAUGCUAAUAUCUUUAUUGGGUCUUUGAUCUUUGUGGAAGAACUUGCAAUUAAAGUGAAGAAUGCUGUGGAGAAAGAAAGGGAUAGGAUGGAUGCUGUGUUGGUUUUCCCUUCAAUGCCUGAGGUAAUGAGGCUAAACAAAUUGGGUUCUUUUAGUAUGUCCCAACUUGGGCAAUCAAAAAGUCCAUUUUUUCAGCUUUUUAAGAGGAACAAGCAAGGUGCUGGUUUUGCUGAUAGUAUGCUAAAAUUAGUAAGAACAUUACCUAAAGUGUUAAAAUAUUUGCCUAGUGAUAAAGCUCAAGAUGCUAGGCUUUAUAUUCUAAGUUUACAAUUUUGGCUUGGUGGGUCACCUGAAAAUUUGGUUAAUUUUGUAAAAAUGAUUUCUGGGUCUUAUGUCCCUGCUUUAAAAGGGGUGAAAGUUGAGUAUUCAGACCCAGUUUUGUUCUUAGAUAGUGGGAUUUGGCACCCAUUAGCUCCUUGCAUGUAUGAUGAUUUGAAAGAGUAUUUGAAUUGGUAUGGAACAAGAAAAGAUGCAAGUCCUAAACUUAAGAGCAAAAAUGCACCUAUAAUUGGUUUAGUUCUUCAAAGAAGUCAUAUUGUUACAGGUGAUGAGUCUCAUUAUGUUGCUGUGAUUAUGGAAUUGGAGGCAAGAGGGGCUAAAGUAGUCCCAAUUUUUGCUGGUGGGCUUGACUUUUCGGGUCCGGUCGAAAAGUUUUUCAUUGAUCCUAUCACUAAGAAGCCUAUGGUGAAUUCAGUGGUGUCUUUAACUGGAUUUGCACUUGUUGGGGGGCCAGCAAGACAGGAUCAUCCCAAGGCUAUUGAGGCAUUGAUGAAGCUUGAUGUGCCUUAUAUUGUUGCCUUGCCUUUGGUGUUUCAGACAACAGAAGAAUGGCUUAACAGUACUUUGGGUUUGCACCCAAUUCAGGUGGCUUUACAGGUUGCUCUUCCUGAGCUUGAUGGUGGUAUGGAACCUAUUGUUUUCUCUGGACGUGAUCCUAGAACAGGAAAAUCACAUGCCCUUCACAAGAGAGUGGAACAACUCUGCACUAGAGCAAUUAAGUGGGCUGAAUUGAAGAAGAAAUCAAAGGCUGAGAAGAAGCUAGCCAUCACUGUAUUCAGUUUCCCUCCAGACAAAGGAAAUGUGGGAACUGCUGCAUAUCUCAAUGUGUUCGCCUCCAUAUUCUCGGUCUUAAAAGACCUGAAAAGGGAUGGUUACAACGUAGAAGGCCUUCCGGAGACUGCUGAAGCCUUGAUUGAAGAUGUGAUCCAUGACAAAGAGGCUCAGUUCAACAGCCCAAAUCUAAAUGUUGCUUACAAAAUGAGUGUUAGGGAGUAUCAGAAAUUGACUCCUUAUGCUACACUGUUGGAAGAGAACUGGGGAAAAGCUCCGGGUAAUCUGAACUCUGAUGGAGAGAAUCUCUUGGUCUACGGAAAACAGUAUGGUAAUGUCUUCAUCGGAGUUCAGCCUACAUUUGGAUAUGAAGGAGAUCCCAUGAGGCUACUUUUCUCUAAGUCAGCUAGUCCUCACCACGGGUUUGCUGCUUAUUACUCGUUUGUUGAGAAAGUUUUUGGUGCUGAUGCUGUUCUCCACUUCGGAACUCAUGGUUCUCUUGAAUUUAUGCCUGGAAAACAAGUGGGAAUGAGUGAUGCUUGUUAUCCGGACAGUCUUAUUGGGAACAUUCCUAACAUUUAUUACUAUGCAGCUAACAACCCAUCUGAAGCAACGGUAGCUAAACGCCGUAGCUAUGCAAAUACUAUCAGCUAUCUGACCCCUCCAGCAGAAAAUGCAGGGCUUUACAAGGGGCUCAAACAGUUGAGUGAGCUGAUUUCCUCGUACCAAUCGCUCAAAGAUACAGGCAGGAGCCAACAGAUUGUGAGCUCCAUCAUCAGCACUGCAAGACAAUGUAAUCUUGACAAAGAUGUGGAUCUCCCUGAGGAAGGAGUCGAACUCCCUACCGCAGAAAGAGAUCUCGUGGUAGGAAAAGUCUAUGCUAAGAUCAUGGAGAUCGAAUCCCGACUUUUGCCCUGUGGGCUUCAUGUGAUUGGUGAGCCUCCUACGGCCUUGGAAGCAGUUGCAACUUUGGUCAAUAUUGCUGCUUUGGACCGUCCUGAAGAUGGAAUUUCCUCCCUCCCUUCAAUACUAGCCCAGACAGUAGGAAGGGACAUAGAAGAUGUCUACAGAGGGAAUGACAGGGGAAUCUUGAAAGAUGUUGAGUUACUAAGGCAAAUAACUGAGACAUCUCGAGGAGCUAUCACUGCGUUUGUGGAAAGAACAACUAAUGAUAAGGGUCAAGUUGUGAAUGUCAAUGAUAAAUUGACUUCAAUCCUUGGGUUCGGACUAAAUGAGCCGUGGAUUCAGUACCUGUCAAACACUAAGUUCUACCGAGCUGAUAGGGAGAAACUUAGGGUGCUUUUUGCAUUUUUAGGGGAAUGCUUGAAGCUCGUUGUGGCUGAUAAUGAGUUGGGAAGUUUGAAACAAGCUCUUGAAGGGAAAUAUGUGGAGCCUGGUCCUGGUGGUGACCCCAUUAGGAACCCAAAGGUGCUUCCUACCGGGAAAAACAUUCAUGCUUUAGACCCACAAGCCAUUCCUACAACAGCAGCCAUGCAGAGUGCAAAGGUGGUUGUGGAUAGGCUGCUUGAGCGUCAGAAGGCUGACAAUGGUGGCAAAUAUCCUGAAACGGUUGCUCUUGUCUUGUGGGGAACCGAUAACAUCAAAACAUACGGAGAGUCCCUUGCACAGGUUCUAUGGAUGAUUGGGGUGAGACCAGUUGCUGAUACCUUUGGGAGAGUCAACAAGGUCGAACCUGUUAGCCUUGAGGAGCUUGGAAGGCCUAGAGUCGAUGUUGUUGUUAACUGUUCAGGUGUCUUCAGAGACCUGUUCAUUAAUCAGAUGAAUCUUCUUGAUCGGGCUGUGAAGAUGGUGGCUGAGCUAGACGAGCCGGAGGACCAAAAUUAUGUCAGAAAGCAUGCACUGGAGCAAGCCAAAACCCUUGGUGUUGAUGUUAGAGAGGCUGCUACUAGGGUGUUUUCUAAUGCCUCUGGCUCUUACUCCUCAAACAUUAACCUUGCAGUUGAAAAUUCCUCAUGGAAUGAUGAGAAACAGUUGCAAGACAUGUAUUUGAGCAGGAAGUCAUUUGCCUUCGACUGUGAUGCACCGGGUGCUGGCAUGACCGAGAAGCGGAAGGUCUUUGAGAUGGCUCUUUCUACAGCAGACGCCACCUUCCAAAAUCUCGACUCUUCCGAGAUCUCUUUGACUGAUGUGAGCCACUACUUUGAUUCCGACCCCACAAAUCUGGUUCAGGGACUAAGGAAAGAUGGAAAGAAGCCUAGUGCUUACAUUGCCGAUACUACCACAGCUAAUGCUCAGGUACGUACUUUGUCCGAGACUGUUCGUCUAGACGCUCGUACGAAGCUGUUAAACCCCAAGUGGUACGAAGGAAUGCUGUCUACCGGUUAUGAAGGCGUUCGUGAGAUCGAGAAGCGACUCACCAACACGGUUGGAUGGAGUGCAACUUCAGGCCAAGUAGACAACUGGGUCUAUGAAGAGGCUAACACAACAUUCAUCAAAGAUGAGGAUAUGCUGAAGAGGCUGAUGAACAGCAAUCCUAACUCUUUCAGAAAGUUGGUGCAGACCUUCUUAGAAGCCAAUGGAAGGGGUUACUGGGAAACUUCAGAGGAAAACAUUGAGAAAUUAAGGCAGUUGUAUUCUGAAGUUGAAGACAAAAUUGAAGGAAUUGAUCGGUAAAUUAUGUAAAAUAAGACUUAGUAUGCAAUCAAAAUGUAAUCCUGAUUCAUUUAGAGUCAUUAUUGUAUCUGAAAACUUUAUACAUGGUUCACUUUGGUGUCUCAUCUUAUGUUGAUAUCAAAUUUUGUAUUAUUUCUGUAAUACUGAGGAAGAAACUAUCCUUAUCACUUUUCUCUUAACA